UUAAUAACAUUGAUGAUGCAUUUGUAACUGCACGCACGUUGCCGCGCAAAGUUUCACAACAGAGCUACCGUAAAAAGCUAACCUCUCUUUUUCAUAGGUGUUUUGACUUAAAGUUCAUUCCGUAAUAAUCAAUAAUGUUAACAAAGAAUAUAUCAAAAUUAAGACGGAUGAUAAAUGAUACGCAAUUACGAUGUCUCUCACAAUUGUCACCAAAAUACAAAGAAGAUGUAGAUAAUAAAAUGUUAGCAUGGCAAGUACAUUCUUAUGGUGAUUUGGAUGAAUUAAAAUUGUCAAAUGUAAAAAUACCAAUAAUUACUAAACCAACAGAAGUUUUGAUCAAAGUUCAAGCAGCGAGUGUAAAUCCCAUAGACAUUGCAAUGAUCCGUGGUUACGGUGCGACAUUGUUGAAUCUUAUGCGCAAAGUUAAAAACUUUGGUAGCUAUACGUACAAUGAUAUGAUUGAAUUUCCAUUAACAUUAGGAAGAGAUUUUUCUGGAAUUGUAGUAUCAAAGGGACAUAAUGUUGGAGACAAAUUAAAACUAGGUGACCAAGUAUGGGGUGUAGUUCCAGUCGAUAAGCAAGGCUGUCAUGCUAAUUAUGUGGUUCUUGAUAGUAGCCUGACUAAUCGAUACCCAAAAAAUUUAUCAUACAUUGAGGCUGCUAGUAUUUUAUAUGCAGGACUAACUGCAUGGUCUGCUUUGUGGAUUACUGGUGGUAUGUGUUACAAAACAUCUAUCAAUACGAGAUUAAAUAGAAGGAUGCUCGUAUUAGGUGGUUCUGGAGGUGUUGGUACUAUGGCUAUACAACUGUUGAAAAUUUGGAAUAUGCAUGUAAUAACCACCUGUAGCAGCGAUGCUGUAAAUAUGGUUGAGAAAUUAGGAGCCGAUGUUGUAAUAGAUUAUAAACAACAUGAUGCUGAUGCACAAAUAAUUUCUGAAGGACCGUAUGAUAUAAUUUUGGAUUGUUCCAAUCAAGGACCGGAUUUAAUAAAUUCAAAAGGUUACCCAUAUUAUACUUAUAUAACACUUAAUUCCCCGUUAUUAAAAAAUAUCGAUCAAUUGGGAUUGGUAGCUGGAGCUUUUAAAAAUCUUGGCGACAUAUUUAGAUAUAAUAUUCCCACAUCUAAUAACAAAGGUUCAAUUAAAUGGGGCUUCUUCGUACCAUCGGAAACAGGCAUGAAUAUGCUUCACAAUUUUGUUGAAUGUGGACAGAUAGUACCAGUUGUUAAACAAGUAUAUCCUUUCCAAGAUUUACCGACAGCAUAUGAAAGAGUAACAGAAGGUCAUUUACGAGGUAAAUUAGUUAUCGAUAUGAAACAAUAUUUAUUAUAACUAUUUUUUUUAUAUUAUCGCUCUUACAUACAAAAAAAAAGAAAGGAAAAAAAAUAUAUAAUUUAUUUAUAAUAAAUAUUUACCUUUAAAUAUACAAUCAAUGUACACUUGUGUAUUUUUCCAUUUCAUUUGUCAUUGUUGUUACAUUUCUUUUAAAACCUAUUUUAUCUUUUACGUCAGAAUAACAAUCAAAUGCAAUUUCUGUUGCUUUUUCUGAACCCAUUUUUAAAACUUCAUCCAAGUAUAAUUGUUCAUUUAAUAAUCUAAAUAUCUCUUCCUGAAUUGGUUUUAACUUUUCUAUUAUUACAUCUGCUAAUAGCAAUUUAUAUCUACAAUAUUAAAAAGACAUUAAAAUACAGCUCAAAUAUUUUUAAUCCUCUGUACUAUAACAAUGUAUUAAACCUUAUGGGCCAAAUAUAAGAAGCAUAAAAUAUAGCAUCAAAUAUAGUACGCAUUAAAUCAUAGUGUAAAACAGAUUAAUAAACAACAUUAUAUAAAUA